CAGUAUUUCCACCGCCGCAGUAUCAGAAAACCGGGCCGCUCAGCUCUUCUCUGCAGUAGAACCUUACCUGUUCCUCAGUCCAGCGCUGUCAGCCAUCUCUUAGUCAUCCCCUGUACUGUCUGCAGUCUGUGGUCAUCCCCUGCACUAUGUCCGCAGUCUCUGGUCAUCCCCUGCACUAUGUCCGCAGUCUCUGGUCAUCCCCUGCACUGUCCGCAGCCUCUGGUCAUCCCCUGCACUGUCCGCAGUCUCUGGUCAUCUCCUGUUCUAUGUCCGCAGUCUCUGGUCAUCUCCUGUUCUAUGUCCGCAGUCUCUGGUCAUCCCCUGCACUGUCCGCAGUCUCUGGUCAUCUCCUGUACUGUGUCCCCAGUCUCUGGUCAUUUCCUGUACUGUCCGCAGUCUCUGGUCAUCCCCUGUACUGUGUCCGCAGUCUCUGGUCAUCCCCUGUACUGUCCGCAGUCUCUGGUCAUCUCCUGUACUGUGUCCGCAGUCUCUGGUCAUCUCCUGUACUGUGUCCGCAGUCUCUGGUCAUCUCCUGUAUGUCCCCAGUCUCUGGUCAUUUCCUGUACUGUCCGCAGUCUCUGGUCAUCCCCU